UUCAGUUUAACCUAUGCUUUAAAACUACCAGAUACUAGUAUCUUCUUAAUAUAUAAUGAAGAUCACAAGCGCUGUGUACUGGCUCAAAGUUCUAAUUCAGUGACCACUGCUCCGUGUGUUCAAGAAAAUGAGUCACAAAAAUUCAGGUGGGUCUCAGAUCACCAGCUUAUGAGCAUAGCGUUCAAAUUGUGCUUGGGAGUGCCUUCGAAGAAAGACUGGGUUCCCAUCACUCUGUAUCCUUGUGACAAAGCUAGCGAACUUCAGCGGUGGGAAUGCAGAAACGAGACUCUCUUUGCAAUCCAAGGGGAAGAUCUGUUUUUCAACUAUGGAAACAGACAGGAAAGGAAUAUUAUGCUGUACAAGGGAUCUGGUUUAUGGAGUAGGUGGAAAGUCUAUGGAACAACAGACGAUCUGUGCUCUCGAGGCUAUGAAGAUAUCUACACUGUGAAAGGAAAUGCCAAUGGAGCACCUUGUGUAUUCCCUUUUAAGUUUGGUGGUAAAUGGUAUGCUGAAUGCACAGAUGCUGGCAGAUCGGAUGGGUGGUUCUGGUGUGGAACCACUUCAGACUUUGAUGUUGACAAGAUAUAUGGAUUUUGUCCAUUGAAAUUUAACGGUAUUGAUUUGUUGUGGAAUACAGAUCCUUUAACAAAUGUCCAAUACCAGAUAAACUCUGAGGCAGCUCUGAAAUGGCACCAGGCAAGAAAAAGCUGUCAGCAACAGAAGGCAGAGUUAUUAAGCAUCACGGAGUUGCAUGAACAAACAUACCUGGCAGGUUUGACUGGCAGACUGAGUUCUGCUCUCUGGCUUGGUCUUAACAGUUUGAAUUUCAACAGCGGAUGGCAAUGGGUUGGUGGUGCUCCAUUUCGAUACUUAAACUGGGCUCCAGGACAUCCUUCUCCAGAACCUGGAAAGAUCUGUGCAGCACUGAAUCCUGGCAAAGGUGCUAAGUGGGAGAAUAGGGAAUGCAACCAGAAACUUGGCUAUAUUUGUAAACGAGGCAAUGCCACUUUAGAAUCUUUCAUUAUUCCUACAGAGACUAAUGUGCCUGUUAGAUGUCCUGAUCAAUGGAUGUCAUAUGCUGGUCACUGUUACAUAAUUCACAGGGACCCCAAAAUAUGGAAAGAUGCCUUAACAUCUUGCAGGAAGGAGGAUGGGGAUCUGGCAAGCAUUCAUAAUGUUGAAGAGCACAGCUUUGUUAUUUCUCAGCUUGGGUACCAGCCAGCUGAUGAGCUGUGGAUUGGGUUGAAUGACCUCAAGGUUCAGAUGUAUUUUGAAUGGAGUGAUGGAACACCUGUCACCUACACCAAGUGGCUUCGUGGAGAACCCACCCAUGCAAACAACAGGCAAGAGGACUGUGUUGUUAUGAAGGGAAAGGAUGGACUUUGGGCAGACCAUUCUUGUGAAAAGAGAAUUGGCUACAUAUGUAAAAGGAAACCCAUGUCAGAAGCUCCUACAGAAGAGGAAACUAUUGACAUGGGCUGCCAGAGAGGUUGGAAAAGACAUGGGUUUUAUUGUUACUUCAUUGGAAAUACAUUUGUAUCAUUUUCUCACGCAAAUCAAACCUGUGGAAAGCAUCAAUCAUUUUUAGCAACCAUUGGAGACAGAUAUGAACAAGCCUAUCUGACUAGCCUGGUUGGGCUGAGAACAGAAAGAUACUUUUGGAUUGGACUUUCAGAUACAGAAGAAAAGGGAACGUUCAAGUGGGCUAAUGGUGAAUCUGUCUUAUUUACACACUGGAAUUCUGAAAUGCCUGGAAGAAAGCCAGGCUGUGUUGCCAUGAGGACUGGAAUUACGGGUGGAUUAUGGGAUGUAAUAAAAUGUGAAGAAAAGGCCAAGUUCCUGUGCAAAGUGUGGGCAGAGGGAGUGACACUUCCACCUGUCCCUACAACAACUCCUCUUCCCCAGUGUCCAGAAGGCUGGGACUCAAACAGUCGUAUUAGCUUCUGUUUCAAACCUUUUGCAAGAGGAGAGCAGAAGAAAACAUGGCUUGAAUCUCAAGAGUUUUGUCGAGCUGUAGGAGGAGACCUGGCCUCCAUUAAUGGUAAAGAAGAACAAUAUGUGAUAUGGCAUUCUAUUGCGAAAAAUGGCUAUUACAACCAGCGUUUCUGGAUGGGCUUAUAUUACUUGAAUCCUGAUGAUGGUUUUGUUUGGAGUGAUGGAUCUCCAGUGAGGUAUGAGAACUGGGGCUUUGGAGAACCCAAUAAUUAUCAAGGAAUUGAACUUUGUGCAGAGAUCAGUGGUGAUUCCAGCAUGCUUUGGAAUGAUAGGCACUGUGAUUAUCUAUAUGGAUGGAUUUGCCAGAUAAGAAAAGGGGCAAGUGUAAAGCCUGAACCAACAGCAUCUCCUGUACCCAAAUACAAGACUACUGAGGAUGGAUGGAUUAUACAUGAAGACAAACAGUAUUAUGUCAGCACAGAGAGUGUUCCUAUGGAAAAAGCUCGAGAGUUCUGUAAAAGGAACUUUGGAGAUCUUGCUGUCAUUGACGGUGAAAGUGAAAGAAAGUUCCUCUGGCGAUACAUCUUGAAAAAUGGCAAAGAGGAGUCAUACUUCAUUGGUUUACAACUGAGUGUUGACCAACGGACAAGUUGGAUGGAUGGCACUCCAGUGAAUUAUUUGGCAUGGGCACCACAUGAACCUAAUUUUGCAAAUAAUGAUGAAAACUGUGUAGUUAUGUAUAAGAAUUUAGGAUUUUGGAAUGAUAUCAACUGUGGUUAUCCAAAUCCCUACAUAUGUGAAAGGCACAACAGUUCCAUUAAUUCAACUCUUUCUCCAACAACACUUUCAACUCCAAGAGGAUGUAAUCCAACUUGGCUUUCCUUUCAUAAUAAGUGUUACAAAGUAUUUGGAUCUACAGAAGAUGAACGUGUCACUUGGCGGGCUGCACGAACGGCUUGCAUGAAUUUGGGAGGAAACCUGGCCGCUAUCCCUAAUGAACAAGUGCAAG